CCAAACUUCCCAGUGAAUCAGAGAUGCAGAAACGGCAAGUACAAUUUAUCGGCGUGAGAUUAUUUGAUUCCAGAGCCUUUUCCGUCACAGCAAUCAAGAAUAUUUUGUUUUUGUUGUCUUUUUCGUUGAUUAUUGGCAACUAUACAACUUACAUGUACACCGACUGUAUAUCUCUAAGUCUCCAUCGUCGAUAGCUCUGCUUUUCACAUUAAAAUAUUUGUGUUGUGUCUUGUUUUUUCUUUCCUAGAUUGUCAAAAUCUGUUUGGAAUCAUCUAUCGCUGCCCUCAGGAAAUGAAAGAGACGCUUCUGAUGUUCAGACUGGUAGGGGAAGAUAUGAACAAAUCAGAGUGGCUUCAAAACCUCACUACGGAACUAGCUAAUACCACUUGCACUGCAGACAAGGAGAAUUUUCUGACCACAGUUGACCCACAGGAACUGAUGUUGUCAAAAAGCGAUAUGUCAAACGGAACUCUCAGUAGAGCUGUCAGGGUGGCGAAAAGGACAACAAGAAAGGUCAGCCGAGCGUUUUCAAUGAACAAAACACCGAAACGAGCAGGCGGAACCAUAAGACGUUCGGUAUCCACUUCAUCACCAACAAGGCGAUUUUCUUGCACAAGCCCUCUCGGUGUAUCAACGCGAAACAAUCAAGCCUGCUUCCAGGGGGGUAGGGUGAGGGCAACAAGUGUAGGAGCCGAACCCAUGAGCCCGUCAUAAACACGUCAGCGUCUGUGGUACCAUAAAGGAUUUGGCCUUCAGCUAAAUAUUCAUGCUCUAACAAUUUCAGUGACAGAAAAAAUUUCUUCCACCUAAGGGAAAAUUGAGAAAUAAAUUAAUGCAAGCGAUUUACUAUUCCAGGGUCGAAGAAGGGAUGAAAUGAAUGAGUUGCCAGUAAUCGGAUACCCAUGUUUGCGCGAAGAACUCUGGGAUCGUCAGGGGGC